CUAAAAGAAUAGUGUGGCUUGAGAGCAUUAAAAAAAACAAAAAAAAACACCUUGGAGGAUUGUAUUUGCUAUUUUCAAUACUAUUCUUGGAGCGAAUGAUUCCCUCCUUCAAUGGCUUCCGCCUCGUCCCCUCCCCUAAAAUAAAAAAUCUGGAUUUGACUUGCAUAAAUUCUAUAUUCCCUGCCACAGAUUCUCACAGGCUACCAUUGCCAUGAGAAGAGGUGACAGCCGAGUCAUUUUGCUAUCUGGUUAAAAAUUGAUAAGCCUAUGUGAGCUGUAACCUUGUCUCUUUUAAACCUCCAGACCUUCCCCUUUUCAGCUUCCAAGAUGCCAGUAUUCAUUCUCCUGAGCCUCCUCCUCCGUGAUGUUGUAUCUGGUAGUCCAGGUAAGGUCACAAAAGGGGCUAGCUGUUACUGCAUUUUGCAUCUGGAGAAUUAAAAGAAAUGUUGUGAUAAUUUGCAAGGAGGAGGAGCAGAGAGAUAGAGAGAGAGUGAGUGAGUGAGUGUGUGUGUGUGUGUGUGUGUGUGUGUGUGUGUGUGUGUGUGUUGGCUGCAAGGCUGGACUAAGGCUGUGCGUAUGCCUUUAAAUCUCAUUUGAAGCCCAUUCUUUCCUUCAAAGAAUUCUGGGCCCUGUAGUUUAUCCCUCACAGCAAUGCAAUUCCAAGCAACCCUUAACAAACUACAGGACCCAGAAUUCUUUGAGGCAAAGAAUGGGCUUCCAAGGGAUAGCAUGCACACAGCUUAAAAGAAGCAACAGCCUGUGCCGCUAGGUUGGAAAAGAUUCAGAAAACAGCAAGCAAAUUUAUCCAGGGGAUGAAGUGAAAGGUUGUAGCUUCUGGGACUUUUGAGUUUAGAGAAAAGGGUCAAUAAUGUUUUAAAUCAACCUGCCUUUUAAUUCGUGAACCUGUUGCUCAUCCCCCUUUGUGGAUCCAGCCCAGGCAAGUUCCUCGUCUUACUCCGGAGAAUAUGGCGGCAGCAGUGGGGAACAUUUUGACCAGUCCAGGAAUCAGCUGGAUGGUCCCAUAACAGCUCUGAGGAUACAGGCAAACAACAAGUAUAUACUGAGGUUUGUAUGUCUUUUGGGGUGCUACCUGUGUGUGGCAGAUUCAGCAAGGUUAGCAGAGGGGAUCUUCAGUGACUGGGGAGCCACAAUGUCACUGAAACCAGUGGCGCACAUUUCUGAGUAAAUAGCAUGGGUAGGAUCAGGGCUCACAAGUAAUGCCUCAUCUGUAUAUACAGCAAAUAAUAAUAAUAAUGAUGAUGAUGAUGAUGAUGGCUGGAUAAGGGUGGAUAAACCCACAUGUGGAUAAACCCACAGGAUAUACAGCAGCUUUUGGCAAAUAUUUACAUCUGACCCAGGCUCAGUUCUUUGGGUUGUUGGGUGGUGAUAGGGCAAAGGCUGUACGGGAAGAGGAGUAGUUCUUGCCACUAGAUUUGGGUUGAGCAGAGGACCCAAGCCACAAACUGCAGGAAUGGGGAAUUUGAUCCAGCCAAGUUUUACAGGGAGGUGGGGGCUACCGACUUGUCAAUCGCUUGAUAUCACAAUGAUGUCAGGGGACCUGUUUCUACUCACCUAGAAGAUCAGUUGAUUAUCAGGAUUCUCAUAACUCCCUGAAGCGCAGGGGGUACUGCAUCCAGCCGGUGGGCGGGACACUUAUCUCCCCCACCUCCUUGUGGGGGGCCACUGAGCUGUCAGUCACCUGACUUCAGAUCACAGUGACAUCAGGUGACCCAUUCACCUGGUUGUCAGGAUUUGCGAAGUGCGACACACAGACUUAUGCAAGCCCCUGGCUCUCAUCUAGUGGAACUGGGCCCAGAAAUUCCUGUGCGAUUUCCCUGCUGACUGAGAACUGAUGAUGUACAAAUUGCCUGAUAUGGUGGUGAAACCUGGGUGGUAAUUAAAAGUGGUUGUCCGUUGGUUUCUAUCUGAGAUGCAGCUGUUAAACACUGUCCCUCAGAAGGUGGCAGCCUUCACUAACCACAAUCCAUCCCUUGUCACUGCAGCAUCCAGGUUCGCUACGGCGGCAUGUGGUCCAGGAUUGAAGGGAACCCCUCAGGGAGCCAAUCUGUGAUGCCGCUGUUUCCUGGAGAAGGCAUCGUGCAAGUCUUGGGCCGCUUCGGAAGCUUUGUGGAAUAUAUUGCCUUCCGCACCAACCUCGGCCGUGUCUUUGACUACGGGGCUGGCUCCGGUUUGGGGGUCGCCUUCGACGCUGAGCCUUUGUUCCCAAACACCGUCCUGCGCUACAUCAGCGGCCGCUCAGGGCCUUUGGUCAGCGCUGUCGGGUUCCACUGGGACAAAGAAGAAGGAAUUGGAGGGUGGGAUCAAUCCACUGGCUCUCCACACACCAAGAAUAACAGCCCAUAGGACAGAACUCUGAUCCAUCUGCUUUCAACGUCUCCUUGGAUAUCAAUAAAAGCAGCCGAGGGAUUAUGGGAGAAGGUAAAGCUGGAAGUCAAGAGAAUUGGAAGUGAAGUGGCAGGGAGGUUCAUGCUUUAUCUAUCUAUAUAAAUGUGUAGAACGCAUCAACCAAAAAAGAAGAAGGAAAGAGAGGUACCACAAUACAGUGCUACCUUGGGUUAAGUACUUAAUUCGUUCUGGAAGUCCGUUCUUAACCUGAAACUGAUCUUAAUCUGAAGCACCACUUUAGCUAAUGGGGCCUCCUGCUGCUGCCACGCUGCCACUGCGCGAUUUCUGUUCUUAUCCUGAAGCAAAGUUCUUAACCUGAGGUACUAUUUCUGGGUUAGCAGAGUCUGUAAACUGAAGCGUCUGUAACCUGAGGUACUACUGUACAUAUGGUAUUUCUCCCUUCUUAUAAUAGGACCAUAAUAUUCAACAUUAGUAUCCUAUCCAUUAUGGAGCAUAUUGUGGUAAAUAACGGUCCCUGUUUUUUGUCUCAUCCCAUUGUGUCCAUGC